AUGGGGGGACGCCUCUACAACUGCUUCCGCACUGAUCGUGGUAUGGCGUCUGCCCGACGUUGCCGCGGCUGCCAGUGCUCGGGUCUCCGCCACGUGUGAUGCACUACUUGCCCUCGGAGCUGCCUACGCCCUCGUCUUCGGCGGAUUCAACCCGGCUGGCGGAUUUCCUUCGCUCGGCUCUGCGUGUGUGUGUGAGCGAUCUGGUCUGCAGUUCGGUGAAUUUGCAGUGCGAUUUUUGUGCAAUUGGUUCUGUGGUUCGAUAACUUUGCAAUCGCUUCAGCAAUGGUUGUUCAGCGUGUAAUGAACAGGAGGGUGAUCUGGAUUGUGUAGAGAUUUUGGAAAGGUAGAUAGAAAUCCAGUCAUUUGUUUAAGCGAUAGGUGUUACAUUAAAAAAAAUAUAUAACCGCAGAAACCGAUAAUUGAAAACCAAAUCAAUACCUGAAAACAGAAAAAAAAGGAAAGACACGAAAUAAGGAAAAAGAAAAGAAAAACUCAAACGCAACAAGGUGCACGACCCUCCUGCAACCGCCUCCCCCACCUCCUCUCAUCGACACCUCACCCCAGCCGAGAUGAUCGACGCAAUCGUGAAGGGGCUGGUGUCCUCCGCCUCCUACCUGCUCUCCAGCAAGCCCCUCGCCUUCACGAAAUCAGGCGCGGCUGACGGCACCCCCUCCCCCUCCCUCCUCGCCUCCAAGGGCACCUCCUGUAGCGCCCACUCCAUCCCCUCCCCCCCUUCCCCCUCCUCUCUCUCCCCCUCCCCCCUACACAGCACCUGCGGCGGCCCCCCCUCCUCCCCGCACGAUGCCCACCCCCGCGGCGAGAGGGGGAGGUGGGUAAGGCCCCUGGGGUAUGCCGAGCGCUUCAUGACCGCCGCGCAUGACCACGGCUGCAUGACCACGGUGUACGCGCUCUGGCUGGACGCCCGCGCGCCCAUCGACUUCCAGGUGAUCAAGCAGGCCACUUCCAUCAUGUACAGGAAGCUGCCUCACCUGCGGAUGUCGAUCGGCCGCCACAAGGGCAAGCUGUGGUGGCGCGAGAUCCCGAGGGAGGCCGUGGACGUCGAGGAGCUGCGUAGCGACGACGUCCUGGCCACUCUCGAGUCGCUGCUCCGACGCCGCUAUCGCCUAGAGGAGGGUCCCCUUUGGUUUACGAGGUUCGUGCCCCUCCAGGGCGAGGACGAGUGCGUCAGAGACAACAACCACAACCUCAAGUACAAGUACGUCUGCCUCUUCGGCUUCCACCACAAUGUAAGUGACGGGACGACCAACAUGAAGUUCUGCAAGGUGUUCCUGCAGGUAGUGAACGACCUGCUGGCGGGGCGCGAAGUGGACAUGCGUCAGGAGGGGGUCUUCGCGACGCCUCUUCACGACCAGAUAGCCGACGACGCGUCCUCGCAGGGCUACUUGUUCACUAUCUUCCUCAAACGCUUCUACAAGGGUAUCCUCAGCUACGGGGCCUACGUCAGGAACUUUACACACAUUUACAGAAUGCCCGCAGAGAACAUAGCGAGCACGCGGGUCCUGCACCACGAGCUGGACGAGUUCACCACCAGGAACCUUCUCCGGCGCUGCAAGAUGGAGGGCGUGACCCUGAACUCGGCCUUCACCGCCGCCGCCAACCUCACGCUGUACCAGAUGAUGGCGGACAAGAACCACUCGCUGGACGAGACGACCGUCAACUCCCUGCAGGCCAUCAACAUGCGGCGCUACUGGCCCAAGGACGCGCAGCCCAACACCUUCGGCUGCCACAUCUCCAUGCUGGACGUGGGCUUCGACACGAAGCGCGCCGACCUGGACGGCUUCUGGGAGUACUCGCGCGGCGUGCACUCGAGCCUGGUGUACCAGCUGACCACGACGCAGCACCCGCUCAAGAUCCAGCCCAUCAGCGAGCGCCUCAUCCUCAUCAUCCGCAGCAACUCGUGGCUGGACUGGGCGGGCUUCCCCUCCACCAACGACAAUCACUACACCGUGACCAACAUGGGCGACCUGACCCACACCUUCCCCGGCAUGGGCGACGAGGUCGAGGUGUCGCGGGUGCUGCGCUCCGUGUCGUGCCACUUCAUGCCCACGCUCUGCCAGCACACGCUGCAGACGUUCCGCGGCCGCUUCUGCUACUCCCUCGACUACUACACGCAGAAGCUUUCGCGGGAGACCGCCACCACGUACGCGCAGGGCAUCAUAGACCUCCUGCGGAAGUCUAUCCACACGCCCAACUGACGCGACCCGACGGCGAGGGAGGACACCCUCACGCAGACGCAGGCGACGACGGCUCGCCCAAGGUGACAGUGAGACGCCCGACAGCACAACGACGACGAAGCUCCCCUCGGAGGGCUCGCGAAUCGCCCCGGGAGGUACACA